GGCUGCAGAGGAUCUGAGGACGAGAUGAGUCUGAGCAUCAUGGCCUUCACACUGGUGCUCCUGCUUCAGCUGCUCCUGGUCUCACUGACAUCUGCCUCUCAUCACAUGGGGGGAACCGCAACCUACACCUACAGAGGACAAACCCCUGACGGGAGAUAUAUUGUGGACUUUCACAACAGGGACACCUACGACCGCUGUUCCUACUCACACUACUGGUCUUGUUACCAGGGUCAGUGUGGCUUUAAAGCCAGUACACAGCAUGGGGUAAUAGACAACAGCACCAAUGCUCCGUCUUACGAACAACUUUGGUGUGAAACUGAAACAGUCGAUACGAGAUACGUUCCCAGUGACAAACCUUUUCAAAUGAGGGCAGCUAGCUGUUGUUGGAUUAACACGCGUAAUGUAGGCGGUUGGUCAAAUUGGAGGCUACUGACUACUGUGGAUUUGGGAAGAAGAUCUGACACCAGAGAACCAAACAGAUCACCAGACAUUGCCAUCCUGCCUCUACUACGGGUUCCUCAGAACUGCCCAAGGACAUACAAGCUGACUACCUUUGAUCCUGACGGUGACAAAGUUCGAUGCCGAUACGGAAAUAUCCAAAAUGUGGAAUGUGGCGCAUGUGACCAACCUUCAGGCUUCCACUUAAAUCCGGACUCCUGCACGUUACAAUACAACAGCGCCAGUUAUGACUACAGAAGUUAUGCGUUUGAGAUGGUGGUGGAAGACUUUCCACGAGGGCACAUCACUCUUCAAUACUCAGACGGAUCUCAAUCCUCCAAGAGUCCAGCAUUGAUGAGGAAAAAGAGGCAGCUUUAUUAUACAGCUGCAGCAACAACCACAACUCCUUGGUGGUGGUGGCAAACUACAACAACUGCAGCACCAACUACAACAACUGCAGCACCAACUACAACUCCUUGGUGGUGGUGGCAUACUACAACAACUGCAGCACCAACUACAACAACUGCAGCACCAACUACAACUCCUUGGUGGUGGUGGCAUACUACAACAACUGCAGCACCAACCACAACUCCUUGGUGGUGGUGGCAUACUACAACAACUGCAGCACCAACUACUACCGCAGACCCGUGGUGGACGUCAACAACUGAAGCACCAACAACAACAACAACAACUGAAGCACCAACCACAACACCCCGGCCUUGGUACACAACACCCUGGUGGUGGACGACACCAACCACAACAACUGAUGCACCAACUACAACAUCAACCACAACACCCUGGCCUUGGUACACAACCGCUUGGUGGUGGACGACACCAACCACAACAACUGCUGAACCAGCAACAACUGCAGCACCACCAACCACAACUCCGUGGUGGUGGCAGUGGCGCACAACCACAACAACAGCACCAGUUCAAACUUCUCCUCUCAGUAAACUUCCCCUUCAUUUCUCCUUUCUUGUGGACAAACCCGUUCCCUCAUGUCAGCCAGGACACUACUUGCCUGAGUAUGUAAGCCCAACACCUGAAAACGGAGUGCACAUUCAUGCAGAGGUCGACAUGGAGGUGGAGAUCAGAGUCAAAGCACAAUCUUCACUUUCAAUAAUACAGGACAUCAUCUUCAGCGGGCCACUGAAUACCAUAAAGCAUAGGAACACCUUUAACGAGUUUGUCAUUACAUGGACACCAACUUCAGAGCACCUGGGAAAUCAUUACGUCAUCUGCUUUGCUGUAGAAUCAGUGAGCGGAAAUAACGUCUAUCAGUCAGACAUGAGGUGUGUAGUUGUGGACGUUGGAAAGAAGCAAGUUGAAGCCAAUGUGAUCUGCAGUCAGUCCACCAUGAGAGUGGAGAUUGAGAAAUCUUCAUUCCCCCGACUCAGCGAGGAUGAUUUACGGCUCAAUGACCCCUCAAAUAUCGUCUGCGGCCUGAAGACUCAUUCCAACAGCACUCAUGUCAUCGGCAUCAUCCCUCUCAACUCUUGUGGCACCCAGAUCGAGGAAGAUGAGGAAUUCCUAAAGUUCAAGAAUGAAAUCACCACGUUUGAGAACAACAACGACGUGGUCACCAGGAAAAACCUGCUGGAGGUUCAGUUCUACUGUCAGUAUCCCAAACGAGGGAACGUGACUCAAAGCUUCUUGGCACACAGGAAUGCAACCACUGUGUGGGAGAAAGGCUUCGGCACGUUCACGUACCAGUUUGAGUUCUAUCCCAACGUUCAGUUCCAGACCAUGAUCAAUCCGCACCAUUACCCUCUGGAGUACGACUUAGGGAGCCGCAUCUACAUGCAGAUCGAGGCCACGUCUUCACUCAACAACACCGAGCUGUUUGUGGAGUCCUGCAGCGCUGCACCGUAUGACAACCCCAACUACAUGCCAGUCUACCCUAUCAUCCAGAAUGGGUGCGUAAUGGACUCGACUGUUAUCAUCCAUUCCCCCCCCCACCAGAGACAGUUCAAGUUCAGCAUGGAGGCCUUCAAGUUCAUUGGAUUACAUGACCAGGUGUACAUCAGCUGCUCAGUCCUGAUGUGUCAGGCAGGAGAACCCAACACCAGGUGCUCACAGGGAUGCAUGACAAUGAAUCAAGGCCUCGACAGGCGUAAGAGAGAGACUGUCAGCCAGACUUCAUCCCACCUUGUCUCCCAGGGUCCCCUGCGCAUGAGGAGGUCAGCAGAGAGAGCAGAAAGCCCAGUGAUGAACCUGAAUCUGAACCUGGUUUUCAUCGCUGGAUGUCUUGUUGCAGCCGUUGGCAUGAUCAGUGGAGUGGCCGUGUACAAAGCCAAAAUAUCAAGGGUCAAAUACCAGCCUCUGCCCACAUUUGAGGAUUAAGACAGCUGCAUGUGCAUCUCUAUUAAUUACACAGGAAUAUAGUUAUUGGGUUUUUUUCUGGUCAGGAAUGAAGGGUGUUAUUGUGUCUUAUUAUGAACACAAAAAUAAGUAAUUUUAUAUUGACUGCUUGAGAAGUGUCCACAUGGUGACCAUUAAGCUAACAUAUACCUGUGCUUCAAUGGAACAACAUUUUUUUUCUAAAUGUAAUUUAACAUAUUUAGCACUGCAGCUGCUGGGUGAUUGUUCAGUUGCUUUAUCUUAGCUUCUUGGGAUAUGUAGCUUUAAAACUGCACACAUUUGUUUUACAGAACGAUUAAAAGCAGAUCUCUUGACUGGGAAAAGCGUCCAAAUACUCAUAGAUGGUUAUUAUCAUUUUUAUGUUAAAUGCCUUCAUAACAUUUUGGUACAACAUGCUAAAACAUGCUCAAGUCGAGGGUUUGAUCCCCAUCCCCUGUAUGUUUUGAAGGAUCCUUAGGCAAGAAACUGAACCCCAGAUUGUCCCGAUGCUGUGUCAGCAAUAUGACAAAAUGCAAUAUAAUCCAAUCAAUACAUUAUGAUAUGAACUUCCAUACUAUACAAUAAAUAAUGUAACGAUAUGAUGAAAUGAACAGUAAAAUACGAUACAAUUAAUAUCAUAUUACAUAAUGUACAAUAAUGCCCCUGUGAGGUAAUUUGAAUGAGGGACUUUUAAACUGUUUUUGGACAUUGAGAUUCUCUUUCCAUUCAGCCACAACUAUUUUAGCAGAGCAGAUUUUGGAGAGUUAAAACAGAAUAAUAAAUGUUUUUAAAUUGCAUCGAUUUGCUAAGAAUUCAAUCAUUGAAGUCAUUAAAGAUUUCCAUAACAUGCUGACAUCCCCCAUGGUACUAUGUUCUCUUCAUCAGCCUGUUUGAAUACAUGAUCAUGAUACAAUCGCUCAUUCAAUCAAUAAAAUAUUUUUUUCUGUCA